GCGGCCGCGGCCGCCCGGGGCUCAGCCGGGCUCCCCGCGCCCAGACGGCAGCUGGGCUCCGCCGGCAACCCUGACCUGGGCUGCCGCGGCGCGGGCAAGGCGGCAGCACCGCUAUGGUGGACUGAGACCCGGCCUCGGAGGAGGGCUUUCCAAGGCUCCGGCUCCCGGCCCGUCGCGUGCCCCCUCGCCCCCGCGCCCGGCCCCUUCCCCCCGGCUCGGGUGGGGGCUUUUCCCGCUUCCCGUCUUUCUUUCUGUCCCUAUGGAGCUGCUACCCUUGCCGGCCGACCAUGCCUAGGAAAGUGGGGAAUGGGCAGCUCCCCUUACCCGAUGGCUGGGAGGAGGCGAGGGAUUACGACGGCAAAGUCUUCUAUAUCGACCACAACACCAAGCAGACCAGCUGGAUCGACCCCCGGGACAGAUUAACAAAGCCCUUGUCAUUUGCGGAUUGUGUUGGGGACGAACUGCCAUGGGGAUGGGAAGCCACCUAUGAUCCUCAGAUUGGUGUGUACUAUAUUGAUCACAUCAACCAAACAACACAAAUCGAAGAUCCCAGGAAACAAUGGAGGCAAGAACAAGAAAGAAUGUUAAAAGAUUAUCUUAUGAUAGCCCAGGAUGCUCUCAGUACUCAGAAAGAACUGUACCAGGUGAAAGAACAGAGGCUAGCACUUGCACUGGAUGAGUAUGUUCGGUUGAAUGAUGCCUACAAAGAAAAAUCAAGCUCUCGUACAAGCUUGUUCUCAGGGUCCUCAUCAAGCACAAAGUACGAUCCUGACAUUCUGAAGGCUGAAAUCUCCACUACAAGAUUAAGGGUUAAGAAGCUGAAGAGGGAACUGUCUCAGAUGAAGCAAGAGCUACUGUACAAGGAGCAGGGCUUUGAAACACUGCAACAAAUUGACCAAAAAAUGUCUGGAGGCCAGAGCGGGUAUGAACUGUGUGAGGCCAAAGCCAUCCUGAGUGAACUGAAGUCCAUCAGAAAGGCAAUAAGUUCAGGGGAAAGAGAAAAACAAGAUUUAAUGAAGAGUCUUGCAAAGUUGAGAGAGAAGUUCAAUCUUGACCAGACUGUUGAGACAUCUGAACCAGACUUGAGUUCCAGAUCUGUAAAUUCCCAGCUGUGUUUUUCUAGACAAACUCUGGAUACAGGGUCUCAGACUGACAUUUCUGGUGAGGUUGGAGCAAGAAGUAGAUCAAACAUAGCAGAGAAGGUCAGACUAAGCCUUCAGUACGCCGAGGCCAAGCGCAGCAUGGCUAACUUGAAGAUUGAACUGUCUAAGCUAGAUAGUGAAGCCUGGCCUGGGGCACUGGAUGUGGAAAAGGAAAAACUGAUGUUAAUCAAUGAAAAAGAAGAGCUUUUAAAGGAACUCCAGUUUAUUACACCACGCAAACGUACUCAAGAUGAGCUAGAGCAGCUAGAAGCAGAAAGAAAGAGGCUUGAAGAAGAGCUGCUGUCUGUAAAAAGCACUCCCAGUCAAGCACUUGCUGAAAGAUUGAAAUUGGAGGAAAGAAGAAAAGAGUUGGUACGGAAACUUGAAGAAACUACGAAGUUAACUACUUUUUUGCAUUCACAGCUUAGGAGCCUCUCAGCUAGUACCUUAUCUGUGUCUUCAGGGAGCAGUUUGGGAUCUCUGGCAUCCAGCCGGGGAUCUCUGAAUACGUCCAGCAGAGGGUCGCUAAACUCGCUCAGCUCCACGGAACUCUACUAUAACCAAGGCGAUCAAAUAGCAGAUUUGGACUAUCAGUAUAAGCUGGACUUCAUAUUGCAAGAAAAAAGUGGUUACGUUCCUUCAGGGCCUAUCACUACUAUUCAUGAAAAUGAAGUGGUCAGUUCCCACGGGAGACUGAGUUACAGUGACUCUCCUUCGGCUGCAGAUCAUCCCAAAUUGACUGAACCUCCCAAAUCUGUGACUUCACUGUCUUCCAGAUCCUCUCUGUCCUCCUUGUCACCCCCAGGCUCCCCUUUGGUUCUAGAAGCUGCAUUUUCAGUGUCGGCACAAGAUUCCCCUCUGCAUCAUCUCACUACAGACUUUGAAGACUGUGACCUUUCGGGUGAUUUUGCAGGCAUUAGUCUCUGUGAGAACCAAAUACUAUUGGACUCUGAAGUUAGGGCAGGAUCUCGGAUUCCUACAGGUGAUAAAGAUCUUAGUGAAGGCAUUAGGCAGCCUCUGCCUUCUCUACAUGAAGGAAGUUCAGGUGUUGACUUACCAAGAACAAGAGCUGGUCACCUGCUUGAGGAGAAAACAGCUUGUGUGUCUGCUGCUGUGUCUGAUGAGUCGGUAGCUGGAGAUAGUGGUGUAUAUGAAGCUUCUGUCAAACAACCAAAUGAAACUGAGGACAUUGCCUACGGUGAGGAUGACGCAACAACUCUAGAGGCUGCCCAGGUACAAAUAGGACUCAGAUACGACCACAGCAAUUCAAGUUUUGUGAUAAUCAUAGCACGGCUCAAAAAUCUUCCAGCAUUUUCUGUCCCCCUUGGCUCUAAAGUGUACAUUAGAGUAGCUGUACUUCCAUCCUCGCCUGAUAGCAGCUGUCUGUUCCGCACAAGAGUCCAUCCUGCCAUGGAAACUAUUUCAUUCAACGAGAUAUUCAGAGCAGCCAUUUCCCAAGUAACGGUGCUGCAGAAGACGCUGAGGAUAGAUGUUUGUGCUGUCAGUAGAAGUCAUCGGGAAGAAUGCUUGGCUGGGACUCAGAUUAGUCUGGCAGAUUUAUCAUUUUCUAAUGAGACUUGUACUCUGUGGUACAACCUAUUGCCUUGCAAACAAAUUCCUGGCAGAAGAACCAAGGAACAAAAUGAAGAAUCUGUGUUUCUCUUAAGCAAGCAGGCAUCAGACUCGCUGGACUUGGAUGCUGUGUCAGCUCUGCUGGAGAGGACAUCUGCCGAGCUGGAAGCAGUCGAACAAGAGCUGGCUGAAGAUGAGGAAGAGGAGGAACAGGAGCAAAGAGGUUCUGAGGAAGACUGGUUAGAAAUGCUGGUGGAAGCCUCUGAUGAAAUUGUGGAUGAAGAAGAGGAUGGCAUUAAGCUGGCAAGAGAAGGCGACUGUACUGAUGACAUGGGGCUCCUCAGUGAUGCACCAGGAACAAAGGAAGACAAAGACAAAGAGAAGAGUGAUGAGGCCCACGAAAGCCAGCAAGCUACAGUGAUACUGACAAUGGUGGAUAAAGAGACUAACACAGAGGAGUCAGGCAAGGAGAAGGCAGCGGUGCGACCCAAGGACAGAGGCAGCUGGAGCUCCCGACAGCGGCCCUUUGUCAGGAGCAGCAUGAUCGUGCGCUCACAAACCUUCUCUCCAGGCGAGCGGAACCAGUACAUCUGUAGGUUGAAUCGAAGUGACAGCGACAGCUCAACAUUAGCCAAGAAGUCUCUCUUUGUGAGAAACGCCACGGAACGGCGGAGCCUAAGAGUUAAAAGGCCUGUUUGCCAACCAAUCAUGCGAAGAGCGACGCAAGAGUGCCCCGUGCGCACUUCCCUGGACUUGGAGCUGGACCUCCAGGCGUCGCGCACCAGGCAGAGUCGCCUGAACGAUGAGCUUCAGGCCUUGCGGGAUCUUAAACAGAAGCUUGAAGAAAUGAAAGGCAGGGGAGAGACAGACCUUCCCCUGUGUGUGCUAGAGGAUGAACGAUUCCAGAAACUCUUGAAACAAGCUGAAAAACAGGCUGAACAGUCAAAAGAAGAACAGAAGCAAGGUUUAAGUGCUGAGAAGUUGAUGAGGAAAGCUUCCAAGGAUGUAUGCCGGUUACGGGAGCAGAGCCAGAAAGUGCCACUGCAGGUGCAGUCAUUCAGGGAGAAGAUGGCCUACUUCACAAGAGCGAAGAUCAGCAUACCAGCCCUUCCCGUUGAUGAUGUAUAAUUAUGCGUUUGCGUUGAAGUGUUUUUCCACUUGCUCAUCUCUUUUUCAGACGAACUCUGUAGUUCCAGUGACCUGCUUUUACAGAUCCUCUAUUUUACAUUCACUGUUGCUAUGUUUAUUUGUAAAAUACAGUGAGUGGAGUUGUUGUAUGCUGAAAAAAAAAAGGCAAACAUGCCCAAGGACCGGGAAACCAAAGUAGCUGAAUUUUGGUAUACUGAUGCUGAUUUUGUACAGUUUGUAUGUAUUGCAUGUGUGUUUUUAUUUUGUAAAGAUGGAACAAAGGCAGGACUUAAGUGUGUAUCCUGUUGAACUGCACUGUGGUGAGAAAUAUAAGUUCAACGGAAGCUUGUUUAUCUUUUCACUAUUUUCUUGUGAGCAGACUGUGAAGAUGGCUGUUUGGCCAUGCAAUAUUUUUGUACAAGAGAGACUUUUAUAGUUUAAAGCUAACCGCAAGCAUAAGCUCCUUUCCAAAACAUCGAGGCUGCCUCACACCAGCUGCUAACUACAUUCAUCAGCCACAGGGAAAUCUUGUUUCCAAUAACAAAUUUCUUCUGAUUUUGUUUUUUUAAUACUUGGUAGGGAGAGACGGAGUUCAGAGUUUAGUUUUGUGAAUGUACAGUACUUUAACCUGCACUAAAAGGUUUCUUGCGUCUGUGGGGGAGAAAGGCAAGGCAGACCGGUAACCCUAAAAACUUACUAUGAGACUACCAAAAGGGGCAGCUGCUUUCUGAGCUGGAAGCUGAAUCAAAUUCAUAAUACCAACAAUGAAAUCGGAACAGUUACAGCCAUUCUACACUUAAAAAUGAGAGUUCCUCUGUGUUAAUCUUUUGUCCUAGAGGUUUCCUUACUGCCAACUAGGAACAUGUAAAAGUGUUUGUUGAGUUUACAAAUACAAAGAUGUUUCAUAAAAGUAUCCAUAGGAGGAGAGGACUCUGUCACAUGCUAAGUCGGCUAUCAGAAGGCUCGUUGCCAAGGUAAGCCCUUCCUGAGAAAGGAAAGCUCCCGACUCACAGUCUUCACAUCUUUCGGUACAAUUAAUAACACUUUUUAAAAUGCACAGUUGCCCCUGUCUGCAGCUGAGGGUGCACAGGUGCUGUGGAUACGUUCUGUUACAAGUCCCGUGCUGUGUUUGGGCAGCCCAGUCUUGGCAAGCACUUGGGCUCUCACCUUCUGUGGGUACCAUCCUAGGAGGUGGACAUUGCUCGUCACAGAAAUAUUUCAUUUUCCACUUACUAUGUUGCAUUGGGAUGUAUUUAGUUCACUGGCUAAACUUUCCUUCCUGAAGCAACGAGCCACAGAGGCGUGGACUUCAUCUUUCAAAAAGGCUAUAAUUACUUGGUGAGAAAAUGGAAGCAAAUGUCACCCCAACAUGGUAGCAGCUGUCUUAAAUUCAAAGUGACAAUUCUGUGAUGAGAGGUCUGUGUAACACCCAAGGGCUUUCUCUUAUGCACAAAUACGUCAGUUCACGUAAACAUAGAGCCCAACGUGCUAUUUUGGGCAAGAUGACUGAUUGAAGAUCCUUUAUGAACGCCCCAUUUGGUUUUGGUUUCGUGGGUUUGAGAGAACCUUCCUGUUUGAAAGGUCAAUUAAAAAUAAAAAUCUGGAAUUAUUUAAUGUAGAGGUGAAAUGAAGGUUGACAGUUUCAGCUUCUCAAUUUGAUUCUAUAAGUUGUUUGUAGAAUGAAGCUUUUAGAGGUGUACUUUAUGAUUUUUCUUUUAUUUAUUUACAGUCUUAUUUAUGUUCUGUUUAAUAUCGUUCAGUUCUGGCCAUGAAAAUAUUUGACGUUAAGGAUGCAAUUGUGAAAAAUGUUUAGAGUUGUCUAAUUGUUGCCAGAUCAGACGUUUCUCCUCCGUGUGGAGUCAUUUUUCAAGAAAAGUAUUAUUGUCCGAUCAUAAGCAUGAGGUGAGGUCAAAAUUUAAGUAUUACUGGCUUGAGCUCACAGAACUCAUUUUUAAGUGACUUGAGCACGUUCAUGCUUCUCUUCUUCCAAAUUGGUAACGUUGAACAUGGUUAUAGGCAGCUUUUAACAAUUCUAAGUUUGGAGUUGUGGGGUUUUUUGUUUUUACCAAUUCAGAUUAUUCACACUUGAAACAGUCAAUAGAAUAAGCUAAAACACGUCUAAAUAAAGCCCCAGCAGUUUAGAAUUAUAAACAUGACUCUUAAAGUGGAAUUUACCCUGCCCAGCGGGGUGUAACGAAUGUUAUGAGUUCUGCUUCCAGGUACCAAUGGCACUGCAGUCACAUAUAUCAAAAUCUAGAUAUUACUGGUACAAGAAUACUUAGCCAAAUGAGCACAGUUUAGCAGAAGUUGUAAUAGCACACAAAUCAGAUAAUUUUAAGGUUUUUGUUUUACUGUUGCUAUGUUUAUACUGUAUUAAAUAUCAAAUGCUCAGGACUGAACUGAAUAUUUAAUCAGGUUAUAUUCUGAAUGUGUUUCUGUUCUAAUUUUGUCUGUAAGAGUAUGCAAGUACAUCACAUAGAUUAACGUGUCUCUGCACUUUCCAUGUGUUUCAGUGAUUGG